AUGAGCGAAGCCAACCUCGCCCAACCCAUCCAGCCCAUCCCCUCCAAUGUGUCCACAGUCGACGGCGCCUACCCGGCCGGCCAUCUCGGCCACUUGACCGAGCACCAGGACGCCCAGUUCGUCGCCUUCAAGAAGUUGCUGCAGGAACGCGGCCUCUACACGCCAGGCCCACCAGCCUCGCACGAUGACCCCACGCUGCUCCGCUACCUGCGCGCCCGCCGCUGGCACCCCGCCGACGCCCUCACCCAGUUCGCCGAGACGGAAGCGUGGCGCACCGCCAACGAUAUCGACCUCCUCUACAAGACGAUCGAGCUGCCGGCCUACGACGCCUCGCGCCGCCUCUACCCGCAGUGGACCGGCCGCCGCGACCGGCGCGGCAUCCCCCUCUACGUCUUUGAGAUCCGCACCCUCGACUCCAAGGCCGUCGCCGACUACGAGAAGCAGGGCAAGGACGGCAAGGCCAUUUCGCAGGCCAAGUCUGACGGCCGCACGCCCCAGGGCCUCGUGCGCCUCUUCGCCCUCUACGAGAACCUGACGCGCUUCAACAUGCCCUUCUGCACCCAGCUGCAGGACCGCGAGUUCCCCGGCACCCCGAUCACCAUGAGCACCAACAUUGUCGACAUUCAGGGCGUCUCGCUGCGCCAGUUCUGGAACCUCAAGAACCACAUGCAGGCCGCGAGCCAGCUCGCCACGGCCCACUACCCCGAGACGCUCGAUCGCAUCUUCGUCAUUGGCGCCCCCUCCUUCUUCACCACCGUCUGGGGCUGGGUCAAGCGCUGGUUCGACCCCAUCACCGUCUCCAAGAUUUUCAUCCUUAGCGAGGCCGAGGUGAAGCCCACGCUCGAGGCCUACAUCGACCCGGCCAACAUACCCACCAAGUACGGCGGCCGCCUCGCCUACCGGUUUGGCGACAUGCCCGUCAACGACCCCGCCUGGGACGGCAACCUGCGCUGGGAGAACGGCCACACGGGCUUUGGCUCGGGGCCCAUGAUCUGGCGCGACACGGCCGACGGCACGCGUCUCGAGUGCGUCGGUCUCGGCGCCUCCAGUGGCGCCCUGCGCGACGAGGUCAUCUGCUCCGUCGCCAAGACGUGGCCUGCCGCUGACGAGGAGGAGGCGUCAACGCCGCGGGAGAACGGUGCGCCCGUCGUCAGCGACGUGGCCGCCGGCGUCGAGGGCCUCUCGGUGACAGACGAAAAAGGGCACCAGCCCGAGAUGGCGCCGCCGCUUGCGCCCUCUACGGCGGCGGCAUAG